AAGCAGCCAUUGUCAACCCACAACAAGCAAGAAAGAGGAAGAAGAGAGUCGUGCUGCAAGACAACAGAGGAAAUUAUGAUUUGGUGAAAAAUAAUUUCAGGUUUAGUGUUAUAGAUGUAACUGUUCGUCGCGAGUACUUUAUACUUUGUGCACCUUACCGCGGGGACCCAGCUCGUACAGAAACACAUCUGUGGCCUCCCCAGUGGACUGGACAGAUAUUCACAAGCCUCGGGGGCAGCAAGUAAGCAGUGUUUGGUUUCUACUCCCCUGAUGUCUGCCGAGGCAUCUGGAUCAUCCGGCGGGAAUGUGGUGACUGUGUCCGCGUCAUCCUCCGGCCAUGUUGGGGAAGAAAAGGCCGGCAGGAGCCUGGCAGGGAGUAAGUACGUCAAGCUCAACGUGGGGGGAACUCUCCACUACACCACGGUCCAGACGCUCACCAAAGAGGACAGUCUGCUCAGGAGUAUUUGUGACGGGAGCACAGAAGUCACCAUAGACUAUGAGGGCUGGGUGGUACUGGACAGAUGCGGGAGACACUUUUCCCUUGUGCUGAACUUCCUGCGGGACGGGACAGUUCCUUUGCCGGAGAGCACACGGGAGCUAGAGGAGGUGUUGAAGGAGGCGCAGUACUACAGGCUCCAGGGUCUUGUGCAGCACUGCCUCACCACAUUACAGAAACGCAGGGAUGUCUGCAGGGGGUGUCACAUUCCUAUGAUCACUUCAGCCAAAGAGGAACAGAGGAUGAUAGCCACCUGUAGGAAGCCAGUGGUGAAACUGCAGAAUAACAGAGGGAACAAUAAAUACUCCUAUACCAGCAACUCUGAUGAUAACCUCCUGAAGAACAUCGAGCUGUUUGAUAAGCUGGGGCUGCGCUUCAAUGGCAGAGUGCUGUUCAUCAAAGAUGUGUUGGGAGAUGAGAUAUGCUGCUGGUCUUUUUACGGCGAGGGACGCAAGAUUGCCGAAGUCUGCUGCACUUCUAUUGUUUAUGCCACUGAGAAGAAACAGACCAAAGUUGAGUUCCCAGAAGCUCGUAUCUUUGAGGAGACACUCAACAUUUUGAUCUAUGAAAAUGGACGAGGCUCGGGUUCGGGAGGCAUGGCCCUGCUGGAGUCGGGGGGCGUCUCGUCGCCGGGUGUGGGCCAGGCAGAAGAGGAAGGGGCAGGUGUAGGAGGCGGGGAUAGGCGGGUGAGGCGUAUCCACGUGCGGAGGCAUAUAAUGCAUGAUGAGAGGGGUCACGGACAGCAGACUGUCUACAAAGACUGAAUCCGAACCAUACAAAGACAUUGUACGACCAAUAUGCAUGUGAACAAUGGAAAGGUUGUUUGAGGAAAGAAAGACAGCUUUGGUAUCAUUAAUACUGCACUGAAAUGGGAGGGGUAGGGGUUAUUAUGGGCUAGUUUAGAAAUAAUUCUGAAGUUGCCACAGUGUGGUACAGUUGUAUUUUUUUUUUUUCUAAGAGGUACAUUUACAUGACCUUUUUUCCUUUUUUUUUUGUUAAAUUUAAUUUAUUAUCCAGUUAAUUUAUUGUCCAGAAUUUUCACUUUUUCAAGAUUCAAUGUGAAGCAAGUUGUAUUUUUUUUGUUUUGUUUGUACGGACCGUGUGAAAGUGUAUGUUUUGGUGAUUAAUGGUAACGUGCGAUGUAUGCUGACUUGAGAGGUACACGGCAGAGGUGUCGUCUGAGACUGUCAGAUCUUCUGGGAAACUGACCAAAUGCGCAAAGCUUGUUGUUGCAGCCAUAGAUAGCAGCGGGUCCGGUUUUAAACAUCCUUUUUUUGUAACUUAAAAGGAAAACAUAACAAGUAAAUCAUUUUACACAACUGUGCCUCGCGAUUGGUGUUUAACAUUUUCAACGAGCGUGUUAAUAUUUAUAAAACUAACAUGGUUUUGGCUUAAAAGAUUGCAGUAGUUUCUAGCGUAGUGUAACGAUGCAUUCUUAAACAGACCUCUGUUUAAGACUUGGGUUAGACUUGUUGCCACACAUGCAGUAAAAAAAAAUCUAUUUCAUCUUUUCUAGAAUGCUCCUUUGAAUCACAAACCCCUUCACUAAAUGAUUUAUGUUUUAUUGACAAAUGUAAGCCAUAAAUGUAUGCACUCACUGUCCUAGACCAAAAAAACACCCCUUAAUUCUGCCAAUGAAACCAUGUGGAAUGCCGUCCGGAUAUUGUUUUGGAAUUUUAAUCAUCUGGAAUUAAUAUUCCAUUAACAUUGUCAAUAAAAAUGCUUUUUGUUAAAA